AUGAGUGAUUUCGACUUGCUGUUCCUACAGGGUUUACCGACGCAUUUGCCGAAUCAAGAACCAACAGCACAACCACAACAAGAAGAGAUUAAAGUCGAUGUUCUGCUGCGACGACACCAAGAUGCAUCUGAUUGCGAUUUCAGCAAUCACGAACAAGCUGGCAAAGAAAACAAAGCGGGCGGAGCAGGAUCAGGGGAAGCAGGCCAUGCUCCAAAAACCAAGAAGAAAGCCGUGCGAAUACCCGGCACGAACAUCACGUUGGAAACCGACGAAGAUAUCGCGAGAUGGAUAGCGGAACGGAAGAAGAACUGGCCCUCGUCAGCUAAUAUCCAGCGCAAGAAGGAGGUUCUAGAAGCACGAAAAAUGAAAAUGCCGAAACUGGAGAAGCCGGCGGAGAGAGAGCGGGGCACGCAGCAGACAAAGCGACCAGCUGACGAUGGCGAUGGUGAUGGCGAUGGUGCUGGCGCUGACGCAAACGGCGAGACUCAACCGCAGCUGAAACGAAGCAAGAACAUAUGUCGGUUCUACAUGCAAUAUGGCAAGUGUAAAUUUGGCGACAAGUGCAAAAAUGUCCACGAAAAGCCCGCAGAUGACCCCAACCCCAUCGCGGGGGCACAACAGAAAUAUAGCACGACGCAUUCACGAAGGUUUAUUAAUGGUGUCAAUGUGCUUAUACCAAAACUCUACUCGAACCGAACGGAAAACACCCCUUCUGCAAAGUCGUCGCUAUUCAAGCACAUGAUUUCACACGAUCAGAUGGUGCACGAAAACACAAUUGUGAUUGAUUUUGUCCGAUACCUAGAGGAAAAAGGGUUGAUUGAUCAUGAAGUCAUGAUGAAAAGAUUGCAAUAG